AAAAAAAUCAAGAGCCUGCUGGAAUAGUUCCUGAAUGAGAUUUUAUUUUUGUUUGCAGUUGUUUUGAAGAGGGAUAGCCUUUGGCUCAGGAUUAAAAUGCUCUGGUUUCAAGGAAAUAACCUGCAGAUUGCCAAAUCCUCCUUUGGACUCUUGCGAAAUCUCUCUGCCUCUAACACCCAUCUGCCUAUACUGACCUUAUUCACAAAGGAUCCAUGUCCACUCUGUGAUGAAGCCAAAGAAGUCCUCCAGCCCUAUAAAGACAGGUUUAUUUUACAGGAGGUGGACAUCACACUUCCAGAAAAUUCUACUUGGUAUGAAAGGUAUAAAUUUGACAUCCCCGUCUUCCAUUUGAAUGGCCAGUUUCUGAUGAUGCAUCGAGUAAAUACCUCAAAGCUUGAAAAACAGCUUCUGAAAAUUGAGCAGCAGGUGCUGGAAACAAAAUGAUGCCUCAUGAUUUCCACCUUCUCUGUCAGAAGGCAUCUGCCUGAGGGUAUGGCUAGGGUCUUGAAUUUCCUCGUCACUGUCACAGUGCCCUUAUGAUGGUAUCACAUAAAUAAUAUGUUGCCAUUACUCUUCUGAUUGAUUCAAGUACCCACAUGAGAACAGUUUACUUGUGGGCAUUUUGUAAACUUGGAGUGCAUUGUGUGGAGGGGAAAGCUCUGGGAGGAAGGGGUCUAUUUGUUGACUUUAGUCUUCCCUUGCAUGUGAAUCUGAAAGCACUUGUCAUGCACUGGACAGUGUCAUGAUGAAAGAAGACACUGUAGUCUGCCGCUAAGCAGUCCUGGAGCCUAAUUUGUAGUGGAGUAAAUGUUCUCCCCCUCAGUAAAGAGAAAUGUGAAUUGUUAAUAACUGUGCAAGUCAAUAAAGGGGUUUUUCAAUGA